AUGGUCGAAACGAACUACAAGUCGUACCAGCAGGUGAUAAAUCUAUCAGCACCAUCGAAACCGUCGUCGAGACGCACAAAUAGGGUGGGAAAACCUCAGCUGCAACCAGUUAAGCGAAGAACAAAAUCAGGCUGUCUUACAUGUCGCCAACGUAAAAAAAAGUGUGAUGAAGACAAGGUUGAUGGCAAAUGUCAAGCGUGUACUCGCAACUUCUUACAGUGUUGCUGGCCACAAGUGUCAGUAGCUGUGAAAGAAGUUUCUUCACCAAUUCAAAAUGCUACCAGUCACUAUCCCACGCCUGCUGCUUCUCCUAUAGUAGGAGCCACCGUAUUAGAUUCCGAAGUCAACUAUGUUAUGCUUCCCCCACGCGCGGAAAAGGCACAAAAAGCAGGGAAAACAACAUCAAACAAUGGCGCGUUGUCUCCAACUUCAUCGCCACGAUUAACUCCAAAGGAGGAACAGGAUAGGAUAAAAUGUCAGUUUUAUGUCACCAGUGUCGACAACAAUCGCGUGUGCGAUAUCAACGUUUGA